AUGUCGACAAAUCUUGCCUCAAGUUCGGGUGAUAGUAUUGAAUUGCUGUCAACUCAGGGAUCGAGUGCUCUUGCUAAUAUUGCAAUUAAGAAUACAAAGAUGGUAAAAAAAGAAUUUGAUAAAGAGGUUAAAUCGUUUGUUGUUUGUAUUGAGGGAAGUUCCUUUCAUACAACGAACAUUGAGCUUCCGAAAUCGACAACAUCAACACUACAAAUUAUGCAUCGAUAUUUAGUACUACAAUGUUGUAUCGGAUCAGUUUUUCAAAUAGAAAUACAUAUUCGGGAUAAAAAACAAAUCAAAAAGAGAUUGAUUUUCUCUAGUAGUUUUAAAACUGUUACCAAGACACAACUGCAUACGCAAAUACCAAUUUCUGAUGUUGUAAAAAGUGGAGAGUGGAUGAAUUUAUGUUUUGAUUUACAAGAACUGACAUCCAUGUCAUUCAAUGAUAAGGAAGAGUACUAUUGCAUGGAUAGGAUUAGUAUUGGACCAGCUUGUACGUUAAGGAAAAUAUACUCCCUAAGACAGAAUCCUGUCACGGAGGCACUCAUACCGAAGAAAUUGGCAUUUACACAUAUGGGAGAUAAUAACGUAUGCAUGAUAGAUGCAUCUUCAUAUCUGACAGAAGAAGAAAAGUUAGCUCUGAAGAAGAAACCACUCGCCAUUGAGAAACCAUUGAAUACAUCAAAAGAUAAACCACAUAUUGCCUUCGGAAGGAGAAUGGCAAAAACUUCAAACAGACCUAACACAACCAAUAUUGACAUGUCUGAAUCGAUACUGGACCAAUCAUCAUUCCUAACUGAACCUAAACCACAAACAGCUCUACCAAGAAUGAUAACAACUCCAAACACCACCAGUCCAACCAAUUCCAAAGCUCUUGUCAUGCAAGGAGCCAAACCAAUUACCAAAACUGCAAAACAAAACAACAAGAGUCAAGUUCAAUCCAAACUAGGAAGCUCCAAUAAGCAACAAAAUCAUGUACUAUUAAUUUCUCAUAGCAAUAUCCCAAAUGAUUCUCAAAUAUCUAGGUAUGAAAACAGAGAGGAACAAGACGAUAUUUUGGAAGAAGACACACAACACUAUUCAAUAGAGGAAUUAAGAAUUUUAAAAAAACCUCCAAAGGAAGAGUACCAUCCAGAACAUUAUCAAGCUUCUGCUUCUCAUGAUGACAUGAUUAUUAUUUCAGAGGAAGAUAUUGGCGAUGAAUUGGACGAUUCUCCUCUUUAUCAGCCUCCUCCAGAAGCUUUCUCUAAAAAGUCAAUUCAAAAAUCAUAUGACAACAUCUCAAAUCUGGAAAAGAGUUUGACCUCUGUAAAGUUACAAGAUUCUAGAUCAACACCAUCUAAGAACACGUUAUUUAGAGGAAUGGAUAACGAAGACGAAGAUGAAGAGGAUACAAAUAGUGACUUGUUUGGAAAAACAGACUUUAGUGACGAGGAAAUUGAAGAGGAAGAAGGAUCCAAUGAGCUGGAAGAAGAAAUUGCAAAUGAAGAAUUUUCCUUACAAUACCCACCAAGAAAGAGCAUCAAGACGAUUAAUAGUUAUAAAUUUAAGGAAGAAAAGAGAUAUAAUCCUCAACUAUUUGAAGAUGAUGAUAUUGUGCUGUUGGAUGAAGACCAUAUGGAGCCAAAAAGAUCAAAGCAUGACAGUUUUAUUGAAAGAAACACAAUGUUAGCCAGCUUAACUGAAGAAGAUGAGGAAUAUGUCAAUAAGAGUAGUAGUGUCUCACAAUCAAUACCCAGCAGAGUUUGUACAGUAAAUGUGGGAAUGGAUGAAUACAUUGAGGAAUCUAACUCUCGAAGAAUGUUUGAUGGUUUCGAAGAAGAGGAAGAUCUUUACGAAGAAAACCUGGUACAAAGCUUUGAAUACUAAACACUCAAUUUUAAUUUUGAA